UUAGGCUAGGUUCACAUAUGAGAGAGCUGAGUGACAGAGAGAUGAACUCAUCAGUCAGUUUCUUCUCUUUUCACUGUCCAGUCACAGGCUGUUACAAGACUUGUAAGUCAUGCAAAGGCAGGGGCGGACUGACCAUUUGGAAACUCGGGCACUGCCCGAGGGCCCGGGGUCAGUAGGGGGCCCUAUGAGAUGCCCCUGGUACCUUUUUCAUAGACUUUUUUGAGUUUGGGCAAGGACACAGGGGCCCCAUGAUCCCCUAUUGCCCGGGGGCCCCAUGAGUUGUCAGUCCGCCCCUGUGCAAAGGUCACCUUUCCAUACCUUCACCUC